AUGGCAAAUGACAGCAAAAAGAAAUUGAAAUCUUACCAAGAUUAUGGUUCACCAUUGAUUGAAAACUUAGCAGACGAUUCAAAAAUUUAUUUAAGCUCAGCAGAUGCCAAGAGAUCAAAAUUAAAUGCCAAUCAAGUUUUAUUUGAAGACUCAAUAAAUUCAAAAUAUGCAAAGUUUAAACCUAUAAAUGGACACAGAUGGAAGGAAAAGAAAAUAACUAGAAACUUCGAGGCUGAGCCGUCCAUUAAUGUUCUUAAGCAUCCAUAUGGAUUAUACAAUACUGAUGCUAACUUCAACCAUAAUCCUGUGAAAAAAAGUGCAUCUAAACGGAUGAAGUUCCCGUUUUUUUUCCAUAGUAAAAAUGAAACGCAAAAAUUAAAAAAUAACAAGAAACGUAAACUAUUUUGUUUCAAUUGCGACAAGAAAGAUAAAAAAGUAAUGAAAUCGUCCACUCCUCAACAAAUUCAAAAAGAUCCAGGAAAAAAGAAAUUUCCUGAGCAAGAGAUAAUCGAAAAUAUUUUAGAUAAGAAAAUCAGUGAACAUUUACGCAAUUCAUUAAAGGUAAACAGGGAAAAAAGGGAAGACUGGACUGCUAAUAGAGAAAGACAGCUAAAAGAAAUUGAAGAAUUAGAGAAAAAAAUUAACCGAGUGGAAAUUCACACCAGUGGGUUGCAAAAACGAUGA